AUGAGUAUAAAUAAAGAAAAUUUUAUUCAAUACAUGACUUUAAAAGGAUCUGAGAAGUCAAGUUCAUGUGCAAUGAAGAAAUUUAAAGGUAAAAAGUCAAAGAUAUUAGUUCUAUCGAGGGAUGCUGGUACUAAUGAACUCAAGCCAACGAGGGGGAGAGCCCAUCGAGCUUGUGUGGCUUGCAGAAAGAGAAAAGUACGGUGCAGUGGACAGACGCCAUGUAGGCUUUGUCAGAAUAAUAGUUUCGAGUGCAAAUAUGAUCGGCCUCCACGAAAUUCAUCAGUUUUUGAUAGGGAAGUAAGCGAUGAUAGCUCCUCGUAUCCACAGUCAAUUCCUCAUCAAGAGGGUGAAGAUAAAAGGAGCUCUACAUGUACCAUUAAUUACAAGAAUAUUGUGGAAACGAUAUUUCCGCCGGAGAUACUUCAUCAAAUAGUCACUUCUCCUUCCUUUAACAACCAAUUUUUUUUAGAUACUAUUAAGACCUAUCUGCUUCAAGGGCAAUUGAAUGUUAACCAUGUAAUACGUCAGAGUUUACCGAAGGAUGCACCCUGGCAUAUGAAAACAAGCGUUCCGCUACCACCCAGAGAGAUUGCCCUGAAAUUUAUCCAAAAGACCUGGGACUGUGCCUGCGUGCUAUUCAGAUUUUACCAUAGACCUACCAUCAUUUCAAUUCUAGACUCGAUAUAUGAAGCAGAAAAACUUGGGAAAAAAUAUACUCCAGAACAGGUAAAAACGCAACCUUUGAUUUAUUCUGUUUUAGCAGUUGGCGCCCUUUUCUCUAAAGAAGAUCUGAGCAAAGAUAGUAGAGCAACUAGGGAAUUUUACACGGAUGAAGGCUACAGAUACUUUUUAGAAGCCAAGAAAUCUUUGGAUUUUUCUAACAUUACUGACAUAUAUUCCAUUCAAGCUAUAUUUAUGAUGACAAUAUUUUUGCAAUGUUCAGCAAAUUUGAAGGCUUGCUAUUCGUUCAUUGGUAUUGCUCUUCGUGCUGCAUUGAAGGACGGUUUGCAUAGAAAAUCUUCCAUAGUGGGUCCUACUCCGAUUGAGGAUGAGACGAAGAAAAGACUCUUCUGGUCUGUGUAUAAACUUGAUUUGUACAUGAAUUGUAUUCUUGGUUUCCCUAGCGGUAUCGAUGAAUCUGAUAUCGAUCAAGAGUUCCCUCUGGAUGUUGAUGAUGAGAAUAUUUCUACUACGGGCAUAAAAUUUCAAGAUUGGCGGACGAUAAGUUCUUGUGGGAUGAACAAUAAACAUACAAAACUUAUCUUAAUUAUGUCUCGGAUUUACAAAUUGAUGUACUCUUUGAGAAGAAAGCCAUUAGAAGAGGAUUCAAGGUUACAGAUUGUAUCAUUGAAUGAUCAAUUAGAUGAUUGGUAUACUCAACUUCCUGAUACUCUGAAGGUUGAUACAAUACGCUAUCAUCAGCCACAACCGCCGCUAAGUAUUUGUACAAAUGAUAGAAAUUCUUCAUACAGCAAACCAAAAAAAUUAUUAUAUCUGGACUUUCUUUUAUCCAAAAUUGUGCUCUACAAACCCUUUUACCACUAUAUUUCCAUAAACCCAUUAGAUGUUCCUGAAUUUCAAUUUCAAAUCCAUAUGGCUGAAAACUGCAUCGAAGUAGCCAAAAAAGUAAUUCAGUUAUCUUAUGACAUGAUUACGCAAAAUCUCUUGAGUGGUAGCUAUUGGUUUUCCAUUCAUACAAUAUUUUUCAGUGUUGCAUGCCUCAAAUUUUAUGUCUACCAAACCGAAAGGGGUUUAAUAAGAAAUGGUAAGGUUGAUUCAGACAUAUAUAAUGCCACCCAGCUGGGUAGUGAAAUACUAUCGCUUUUGAGAGGAGCCUCGAAUGCAAGUAAACGUACUUUUGAAGUUUUGAACCAAUUAUUUAAAGAAUUCAAUGAAAAGACUGCCGUUUUAUCUGAGCAACUUUCAAACAUGGUCAAAUUACAACGACAAGAAAGUAGUGGGACCUUAACAUCCCAAUUGCAACCCAACAAUAGUUUUACAAAAUGCCAAGGAGAGUUACAGCAUAGGCAGCAGCUGCAGCAACAUCAAUCUCCCGUCACGAGUCUUCGUUCGAUUCUAAACCUCCCACAAGGGGAAACUCAUCUGAAUUUUCAGCGUUCUAACAGUGAAGCUCAUACGGCAAGCACUGCACAAGAAGAAUACUUGGAUAGACUUUUAGCAGAAUUUGAAGAGUUUGACUACUCCAUCAAUAGAGCGUUACCUGAUGUCAUAGAUUUUUCCGCACUAAUUGGUCAAGAAUAUGUUGCCAGCAAUCAAGCAUUCGCAUCGGGAUAUGGAUCUGAUCCAACAGCCAGCUGA